UUCCUGGUGACGUCGCUGUGACUUUGCCGCUGUAGGGAGCUUAAAAGCCAAGCCCUUCUUCCCCUCAGCGGAAACUUUGCACAUUUCUCUUAAAAUAAACUAGACCUCCGCGCCUUACCGAGGUCUACCUGCUCACUUUACCCGCCUUAAGGAGCUCACAGGGCGGACAGAGGACGGCAGCGCACCGGGGGGCUACUGAACCAAGGCAGAUAGCAGGGUUAAAUCAGUUUUUUGCAAGAGACAGACAUGGCGUACUUAUUGAAGUGUCUACUCCAAGUGGCAGAGAAGGCGGCUAAUGUUGCUCGAGUCUGCAGACAGGAGGCGCCACUGUUCCAGCUUCUUGUUCAAGAGAAAACCGGAAAGGACAAGAACAAGAAAUUUGUCCAGGAUUUUAAAACACUCGCCGAUGUGAUCAUUCAGGAGAUGAUUCGGCACGAUGUGGGAGCUCAAUUUCCUGAAAUGGCUGGUUUCAUUAAUGGAGAAGAAUCAAACAAGUUUGAGAAUGGCCUUGGAGAGAGUGUGGAGGUGACCGUGUGCGCCUCUGAAGCAGAAACUGCGUCGUUAUUGUCCAGAGUUUUAGACGGAGAUUCUACGGCGGCUUCACUUUUGGCUGGAGCGAUUCACCAGGACCCCACCUCCAUCUGCACAGACGCGGACCAGCUCAGCAUCCCCCUGCACCCCUCACAACUGGGCAUCUGGAUAGACCCUAUAGAUGCCACGAGUCAGUACAUUGAGGGUAAGGAGGAGGAGCUCCAGCAGGGGGUGCUGUGUCCCUCUGGGCUGCACUGUGCUCUGGUGCUGAUCGGGGUUUACCUCCGGAGCAGCGGGGAGCCUGUGAUGGGCGUCAUCAACCAACCGUUCAACCACAAGGACCCUGACGGCAGUUGGCGCGGGCAGCACUUCUGGGGCGUGUGCUGUGAUGGCUUGGACCUGUGCUCUUUGUCUCGGCCCCAAUCUGGUUCUGGUCUGGAUCUGUCCAUGGUCCUGAGCUCCAGUGAAAAACCGUCUGUGACAAAAGCCCUCUCCUCCAUCUGCCAUCCAGAUAGACUCAUGUAUGCUUCAGGGGCAGGGUUCAAAAUCCUGUGCGUAAUUCAAGGUUUGGCGGACGUCUACGUGCUGUCAGAGGGUAGCACCUUCAAAUGGGACUCAUGUGCUCCUCAUGUGCUGCUUAAGGCCUUAGGUGGGGGUGUGGUGGACCUGAGUAAGGCUCUGGAGUCUGGAUUAAAUCAAGCAGAACUGACCUAUCACCAGCCCAAUACAGAAUGUGCAGGAGCGGACCGCUGGGCCAACAGUGGAGGACUCGUAGCCUACAGGGACCGGGAUCAGCUGUCUAAAGUUAUUACAGCGCUGAAAGGCAACAUCUAAACAGAAUUUUACAAAUUAUUUUAUCUCUAUUUAAAAAAUCCUAUAUUAUGCUUUGAUUAGAAUUGGAAAAAAACUGUACCACUUAAAUUGCCACUGAAUUCAAUGCAACACUCCGUCCUAAAAAAAAAUCUUACGGACAACAAUUAGCUAUUCUUCCAGCUAGGUACUCCUGACCCUCUCUGCAUUUGACCCAUCCAUUAAAUGAGUGAGUGCAGUGGGAUGCCCUAGACCCUUGCAUUUGACCAGCAUUUUCUGAUUUUAUCUUGAUAUAAAAGAUUGUACAUUAUGCUUUAGUAUUUGGAGGUUUUUACUCAUGUCUUAUUAUAUAUGUCCUUCUCAAAAAUGCACCUGGAGACAGUGUUGUCACGAUAUUAAGAUUUAAAACUUGAUUUUAGUAAUAAGGAGAAUAUAACACUUUAUUUAAUAUCACCAUAUCUGCACUAGUUUUGAUCUAGAUUAAGGUCAUUGUAAUAUUCUUCAGGAAAGGUUCAAUUAUUACCACUUCUGUGAUUUGUGCGUGCUUAAAGGACCUACAUUACACAAAACUGACUCUUGGGACCUUUAAGCCAUGUCAUUAUGCUGUUACCUCAACAAAAACAUGCCUGGAGUUGUGUUUUGUUUCAUUCACACAUGUUUCUGUCUACAUCUCCAAAGCUCAAAAUGCUCUGUUCCACCUUGUGAUGUCAUGAACCGGUAGUUUUCAAGUUAACAGCUCCUUUUAGCUUUAGUUUAGUAAAGAUUGGCAAUUCCAGGGCUGAAAUUAUCCAAAUGAUUCUAGUGAAGGUGUGUGGAGUUUAAAAACACAGUGGAGCACUUCCUGUUUUACCUCAUGACAUCAUAAGGUGGUGUGUGUUUUUGUUUGAGAGAAGAACUCAGAAAACGGCGUAAUAUGGGCUCUUUUAAAUGCACGACACUGUGUAGAGUUUUUUUUUUUUGUUUUUUCAAUAUCUAUUGCUAACGAAAUUGCUAUCAAGUGUCAAUCUACUUCAUUUCCUAUGAAAAUCAAGUUUGAAAUGUUGGUAUUGUAAAAAUGCAUUUGGGAUUUUUGAAAUGCUUUACGAAAAUGGAAGAAUGGUUUUGGGCAGCUGCAAAUAUCUGUUUUGCUAUUUGAAAACUGUAACUAUCACGAUGGGUACAUGGUUUUAUACACUGAAAAAAAUAAAACAUUGGUUUAACUUACAAUUUACAUAGAAAUAAUUCACAUGUAAAUAUUGUUAAUUGUUCAUAAUGAUGUGUAUAAAUU